GGCCAAGAGUGGAGAAACCUUCCGGUCGGUCCUGUCACUGCCACUGGAGGGCCAAGGGAUGGUUUGGAGGCUGGAGUAGAGGCCCUACACACUGCGGCACGCCAGGCGAUGGAACAUCAACAGCACUUGAAAGGUCUGAUACCACAACGAGAUCAAGUUCUUGUAAGAGGGGCAUCUGCGCGCCUCCAUAGAAUAUUGGAUGCAAAAACGUUCAAGGAAAUUCUCGAUGCACUGGCGUUGACAGACUUCACUGUCACCCAGCUUUUUGAAGCAGCUCAAGUACUUACUGUUCUGAGGGCCCAUCACUCGGAACUUCUUCGUGAAAACAAGGCAAAUGUUAUACUGGACUUCACAAUUAUAGCGUACCAACGAUUUCUAGUUCCACCCCACGACGCACGUUCGCAUCAUGUCUCAUUCUUGUGCGCUUUCCCCAUGGUUGUCUAUGCGAGCGACGUGCCUUGGGAGGCAAGUCCAAAAGCACAAUUACUUGCGGUCAUGGCGAAGAUCAAGGAGCAAUACUCGAUCCGGCUGUCUAACAAGCAUCUUCCUCACAUCGGAUCCGGUCAAUAUUUCCAAGACAAUCCAAAUGCACUCGCAAUCACCAACCUCAAAAAGGUCGAGGAUAGCCUCCCUCUCAAUUGGCCCAUAGGAGCUCAGAACCCAAUGGUGCAAAUUUCGGACAUGAGGAUCGGGCAUAGAUUGACAGAUUUUUAUCGUCCAAUGACGCACAUAUGGACCUUGCGCUCUGAAUUGCACCUCCAUCUUGAUUUCUGCGACGUGUACGAUAAAUCAUACAUGGAAGAACUUUUGGAUAGCACGACUGCCAUUGCCCUCUGGAUCAUUGACCGGGACGCAUAG